AUGUCCGCGUUAUGUUUGAGGCAGUCCACAGUCGCUUAUUGCGCACCAGUUACGGGGAAGACUCUCUCAGAGUGUGUCCAGUCGAAACGUGAUAUGAAGAACUUUGAGUCGAUCCAGCAGUGUCUUUUGUUAGGUUUACUCUCUCGGUUUGGGACUUUUGUUCUCGAAAGGCCGGUCAAGAAGUCCAAAGUCACAUUCCAAUUUGUGAAAGUCCAGAACUUCACCGUCAAAGGCGAAACAAUUGAAAUAGCCGAGUUGGUCGAGAGUGUCUGUAAACAGCGUUCAACGAUAGAAACGUGUAGUGGUGUUCCUGCCGACCGGGUGAAAAGAAGAUACGACAAAAACAGGUUCAUAUUCUUGUCGAAUUUCUUACUUGAUUUGGCGCUGGAAUUUGGGUACUUUUUCGACUCGAAACUUGCGCGAAACACAGGCGGGUCGAUUCAGUUGGAAAAGAUCAGAAACGUAUUUUUCGAGGGGAAGUGCAUCUUCGGACAAGAAGAAAUGAUGAAGCGAGGAAUCGCACUCAACAAAUAUUUCAUUUCUUUGACGCAGAACCCCGACAAAGUCGGGAAAAUUAAUCUCGACGACCCAACUGUGGAUAAAAUUCUGAAAGACCCAAUCAACUUUGUAGAAACAGAUUGGGACGUUCAAAUUCAAGAACGCAAAGCUGGCAAAAAGAAAAGAGGAAUUUCAAUUUAA